GUCUCAGGCUGGAGGUAAAUUUGGGGCUGGUUUGGAAUGUAACAUGCAUGUGUGUGUGUGUUUGUGUGUGUGUGUGCGUGUGUUAGGGCCAUACAUACAUAGAAUAGUCCCUUGGUGAGGAGACUACCCAGGGUUGAGCUGCUGUGCACACACACAGUGGCCAGGUGAGCGCCACGUGGGGUGUAGUGAACCAGCUGUCCGAAAAGGCACUGGGCCUGGGGGUGCGUGUGUGGGGUCUCUGCCUCCACCUGCUGUUCCUGGGGCUGUGGGCUCUCCUAGUAAUGCUCCGAGCACUGUGUGCAUGUGUGUGGAAGGGGAGCCGGAUUGUGCUCACCUCUGCUUGCUCUGUGGCCCUUACAGCCCACCUCUGUGGUGUUUACGUCUUGCUUCAGGCAAUUGCCUGGUCUGCGCAGCUGGCAGGGAGCUGGGUGGCGCUGCACGUGCAGCUCUACUGUGCCUUGCUGCAGACGCUCAGAUGCAUUCCUUUAAUCCUGCUGUGUGAGCAGGCUGCCAGGUGGCUGGUGCGGGCCAGUGUGUGGGCCGGCAGAGGCCUGGCUCGGGUGUGGGGUGUGGCGGCCUUUGUCCAGCUGUGUGCCCACAUGGCCUUCCUGGGCAUGUGCCUGUGCAUGCACAUGUGCUUUGCCGCCAUCAGCUCUAAGGUCCGGGUGAGAGUGCAUGUGCCCUUCAGGGUCCAGGAACCCCUGAGCCGGGGCGUCAAAGUGAGGCUGCAGGGCUGGAGGCAUGGGAGGGCCAGCGGGGAGGCAGGUGCACCACGUGGGGAGAUUGGGGAGGAGCAGAAGCCCCAGCCCACCAGGAGCCGUAAGCCCACCAGGAGAAGGGAGGUGUCACGGAGCAGGAGUGAGCUCAGUCCAGGUGGUAAGUGAAGGGGCUGCUCCUUGCCCUUUGGACCUGUCCCCAGCCUUGGGUGCCAGCACCUCCUUCGUGGCAGCCAGGCCAGGCUUGGAGGCUGCUUCUCUUCCUGUGCCAGUCAAGCCCAUGUGGCUGUCUCUCUACUUCCCCUGCUGGGCACUGGGUGCCUCUUUCCUAGGCUGAGUGGUCUCUGGGGAAGGCACAGGCAGAAUGACAUGGGCAGAUUCCAGUCCUUGCGCUGGGCCAGGGGCCACUCUCCUGCCUCUGCCCUUGACUCCCUUUGCACAUCCCCGUCCCCCUUUGCUCCUUGCAGCAGCCGCUCUGCUCCCCUCCCCCUCCUAUCUCCUGCCCUUCCCGGCAGGCUCUGUUUCUCUUCUGACUUCUCAGGUUAUUCCCCUCUCUGGGCCACCAUGGAUGCUGUCCUCUCUUACUCCAGGAUUCCCUCUGCUUGGUCCGCCUUUACCCCAGGGCCCCUCUGCCACUCCUCCCUGUGUCCGAGAGUCCCCAGGCGUGCCGGGCCACGCUCUGCUCACCUCCACGCUCUC